CGGGCCCGCGCAUCCCCUCAGAGCCGGCGCCAUGGACAGCAGCGGCAAGGAGCGCGAGGCGGUGCAGCUCAUGGCCGAGGCCGAGAAGCGGGUCAAGUCCUCGCACUCCUUCCUCAGGGGGCUCUUCGGAGGCAAUUCAAAGGUAGAAGAAGCCUGUGAAAUGUACACCAGGGCUGCAAACUUGUUCAAGAUCGCCAAAAACUGGAAUGCUGCAGGAAAUGCAUUUUGUCAGGCAGCUAAGCUCCAUAUGCAGCUACAGAGUAAACAUGAUGCAGCCAUCGGUUUUGUGGAUGCUGGGAAUGCUUACAAAAAGGCAGAUCCACAAGAGGCUAUGAACUGCUUAAAUGCAGCCAUCGAUAUUUACACAGACCUGGGCCGAUUUACUAUUGCCGCCAAGCAUCACAUCACCAUUGCAGAGAUUUAUGAGACUGAGCUGGUAGAUAUUGAAAAGGCAAUUGCACAUUAUGAACAAGCUGCAGAUUACUACAAAGGAGAAGAAUCCAACAGUUCAGCUAACCGGUGUCUGCUGAAGGUGGCUGCAUAUGCUGCUCAGUUAGAGCAGUACCAGAAGGCAAUUGAAAUCUACGAGCAGGUUGGAACAAGUACCAUGGAUAAUCCUUUGCUCAAGUACAGUGCAAAAGAGUAUUUCUUUAAAGCUGCUCUCUGCCACUUCAUUGUGGAUGAGUUGAAUGCUAAGCUUGCUCUUGAGAAGUAUGAAGAAAUGUUCCCAGCAUUCACAGAUUCGAGAGAGUGCAAGCUAGUGAAAAAACUGCUGGAAGCCCAUGAGGACCAAAACUGUGAAGCGUACACUGAGGCAGUUAAGGAAUUUGAUUCCAUAUCUCGCUUGGAUCAGUGGCUUACGACUAUGUUGCUUCGCAUCAAAAAAUCACUUCAAGGAGAUGGUGAUGGAGACCUAAAGUGAAUUAUUUGUGGUAUAUGUGGCAUGUUGCCUAACUCCUAAAAAAAUCUGUUUUUGUGUAAUGGCCAGGGACCAUUAUGGGAUACUUGACAGUACACCUAGCUUAAUUUUGUUGCUUAUGAACCAAAUGACCUGUAUUGUUAGUAUCCUGGUGUCUUUUUGAUGACAUGGAUGGAUAAGAAAUGAUACUCCUAGGUGUUGCUGACAGAUCUUUCGUAUGUGAGAGCAAUAGAGGGAUUCACAAGACUUUUGAGAUCAGUGAAAGAAAUGCUUGGGGCAAAAAUCUUUAUUUUUAGUAGCUGAUGAGCCAAAAGUCUUUAAUUUUUAAUUUUUUUUUGCUGCCAUUUCUCUACUAGCUCAUCAUCUUCAACAUUUUUGAUCCAUGCCUGUAAAUAUCUGUCCAUGACAUACAGUACACACAAUAUUUUCUGAUCUGAUGCUAAAGUUCUGUGUUUUUAAUGCACCUUAGUGAGACAUGUAGAUUUUUGUUUUUAAAAUCGACAGAGCUAUUUUAAUGAUGCCAGUGAAAUGCUUGUGAUUUUUAGAUGCAGUGUGUAUGUAUAUAUACUAUACAGAUACAGGCGUGCAAGAAUAAAUACAUAAUGGCUUGGGUCUAAAAACACUAAUCUUCAUAGGUGAGGGGUCUGCAUAUAAUAUAUCAUCAAUUACCUUCUCCCAAACCAUUCAUUAAAUAGGACCUAGCUUCUCAUGUAUUUUCUAUUUAAGAACUAUAUAUGAAAUGUAAGUUUCUUCUAUUUUUUUCUUGGAUAUAUUUUUCCACUUAUGUUAUGUUUUGGUGCAUACCAUCUCUCCUGCCCUAAGAUGACUUUAACAGGUAAUAAUAUAUUUUUCUAACUUUUCAUUUACCUAAGUUCCUGCUAUUGUUUUUGCUGCAGGUUUUUUGUAUAUUCCAGAACACGAUUUCUUUCCCUUUGUGCUGUUGGCAAAGCUGUGUCAGUAGUUAUUGAAUUAGGCUUUAUCUUAGCUAAGAUAUCCCCCUUCAGCACUGUUGGACAACAGCUUGCCAAGGCUUGUUUUAAAACUAUGUAGAAAUUAAAAAUGAUUUUGAAGAAUGUGUGUGAAUCCCAGUUUGUGUAGAUCCUCGUUUCAAUGGAGAUAAGUAGACAAGCUACCUAUAUUCAAUAUAUGUAUGACAGUAAGAUAGGCUCAUGACCAUAUGCAGUUUCAGUGUUAUGGCUUAAUAUUUCAGUGCAGUUCCAAUAAGCUGUAGAAAUUAUUUCAUUCUUAUGUCACCAGUGCUGCUUACAUAAUGAAAGAGUACUAGCUUUAUUUUGCAUAAAUGCAGCUAGUCAUUAGACCUUUUAAAUACUGGAUACUUUAACGUAGGAAAACACUAGUAUCCCAUAGUUGGUAUCUGUACUGCUACUAUCUAUGGCCUAGGUUGGUCUUUGAUUUCUUUUGGAGGAAAGACGUGCCACAAAUAUGCAUGGACCUACCCACGUUCCAGACAGGGUACUAGCUGGCUUUCAUUUUUGUCAUCUUUAUGAAUAUCUGUUUUUUGUUUGUGCUGCUAGCUUUGGGAUUGAAUGACUAUUGCCUGAUGUAUAGUAACCCUAGCAAGCCAGCACACUGAUAGCAUUUGUUUACAGAACAUGUCAGAUAGGAGACCAAAUGAUAUAACACAUUCCAGGAAAGAUUGUUUUUUAUCGACUCAUCAACAAUCAAUUUAAACUUUCUUCUACUUGAUUGUUCUCUAGAUGUGUAUUUAUAAACUAACCCAGGAAGGGCUUUGUGCUCUGUAGGGAGUGUGACUUUUCUUGUAGUUGGAAUGAACAGCACUAGUGAGUUAUCAUUGAAAUUGUACAAAAUAGUUUUCUCCCUCCUCGAGAAUUUAGGUUUGUCGGAUGGAGAUGUGUGGCCAAAAAGGGACUGGGAGGAGCUGGCUCUGAUGAGCAACAGACUCAAAUGUGUUAGGAAAUGUUAAAAAGCUGCAACUUGUGCGAUUAACACUUGCUUACAGUGGCUGGUCCCAUUAGAAAUGGCUGACUUGGAUCUCCCUCUAGGGAACCAUGCCUGAACAAAUCCGACUCUUCUUUAAACAGAUAUAUGCCAACAUAAUCCUACUGUGUGGCUACAGCCUACAGCUAUGGAAGAGGUUUUUCUGUCACUGUAGGAAAACCAUGGCCCUGAGCACUAGCACAAACUGAUAAAAGCAUUCCCCUGUUGAUCUAACUGCAUCUACAGGAGGGUUAGGUCACCAGAGCUGUUGCUCAGGGGUGGAUUUGUCACACCUGAGUGCUGUAUCUGUAUUGACUCAGCUUCAGCUGAUUCUCUACACAGACAACCCAGAGAGGAAAAUAUAUGCAUGCUUACCUUUAGAAAAACAAAAGGCUACAGUAGUCCUAAAUAUUUGAAAAAGCACUUGUAGAAGAAGAAAUGAGGUGUCAAGCUUUGUUUAGUAGAGGGGCAUUAGUUUUUUCAAGUUUCAUAACUUUCCUUAUUCAGAAAGGAACAUAGUUCUUGAUUAUAUAUAGUCUUGCCAUAGUACAUAUAAUUUGAGAUCAGAUAAAACACAGUUCAGCCAAGUUUAGUGAAAAUCCUACACAGGUAUCACCACAUGAGAGGCACAUUUUGUUAAUACAGAAAUUGUGGAAUUUUUUUAAACAUAUCUUGGCACUGGUUACAUUUUACUUUGUGUGGUUAAUUUAUUUUUCCAGGACCUAAAAACACAGUAUUUUUGCACAAUUAUGAUAGUAUGCAUAAAUUGCUGCUGAUGUACCAGAACUCUACGUACUAAUCUGUGAUCUGUUAUUAAUGCGCUCUAUAAUGUAGUCGUUUUGUCUAAAUGCAAACCUUGGUGAUUUUGUAUAGCAGCAUGUCAUCUGUAAUGUAAUUAUUUAUUGUAAGCUGUGAUAUACCAGUUUUCAAAUCAUGUAAAUCAUAAAGCAAAUCUGUGAGGGUGUUAUUUUUCCUUUCCCCUGGGUCAAGAAUCUGUACUAUGAAAACUAAUAAUGAAAUGGCCUUAGCAGGAACAGAUUGUUUUGUGUGAACCAGUACAGUAAUAAAAUAAAAA